AUGGGUAUUAAACACCUUUACCAGCUCAUUGAGGAGCAUGCGCCCGAGGCAGUCAAGAAGGGCGAGAUCAAGAACCAGUUUGGACGCAAAGUUGCCAUAGAUGCAUCUAUGAGCAUCUACAGUUUCCUCAUCGCUGUCCGAUCUGAUGGUCAGCAGCUCAUGAGCGAGACAGGCGAAACCACAUCACAUCUCAUGGGUCUCUUCUACCGCACGAUGCGCAUGGUCGACAACGGUAUCAAGCCCCUCUACGUCUUCGACGGCGCUCCACCCAAGCUCAAGUCCGGCGAGCUCGCGAAGCGGUUUCAGCGCAAGACAGAGGCGCACGCUGCGGCUGAGGAGGCAAAAGAGACGGGUACAGCCGAAGACGUCGAGAAGUUCUCGCGGCGGACCGUCAGGGUGACGAGGGAACACAACGAGGAGUGUCAGCGCCUGCUCAAGCUCAUGGGCAUCCCGUACAUUGUUGCGCCGACCGAAGCUGAAGCCCAAUGCGCGACAUUGGCGAGAGGCGGUAAGGUCUAUGCCGCCGCUUCAGAGGAUAUGGACACCUUGACAUUCGAUUCACCCAUCCUGCUGCGACAUCUGACCUUCAGCGAGCAACGCAAAGAACCCAUUCUGGAGAUUCAUCUGGACAAGGUACUCGAAGGUUUGAACAUGGAGCGGAAACAGUUCAUCGACCUCUGUAUCCUCCUCGGCUGUGACUAUCUCGACCCUAUCAAAGGCAUUGGCCCCAGCACCGCUCUCAAGCUCAUCCGUGAGCAUAAUGACCUGGAAGGUGUCGUUGAACACAUCAAGUCCCAAUCUUCCAAGAAGCUCACUAUCCCCGACGACUGGCCCUUCGCCGAUGCGCGCCUGCUCUUCCUUGAACCAGACGUCCGACCUGCCGAUGACCCAGAAUGCGACUUCAAGUGGGAAGCCCCAGACGUAGAAGGUCUUGUUAAGUUCCUGGUCGAGGAGAAGCAUUUCAACGAAGACAGGGUGCGCAAUGGAGCAGCCAAGCUACAGAAGAACAUGAAGACAGCGCAACAGAGCAGGUUGGAGGGUUUCUUUAAGCCCAUUGAGAAGACGGCCGAGGAAAAGGCCAGUCUGAAACGCAAGGCUGAGGAGAAGCUUGAAGAGAAGAAAAAGAAGCAAAAGGCUGACGCGAAGGCGAAGAAGCAGGCCAAGGCUAAGCCGAGGACAGCUGGCUAA